AUGGACACUUUGAGAAGCCCAGAUCAGUCCUCGGCGCCGAAGAAGCGGCGUCGGCCUGCUCUGGCAUGCGAACAAUGCCGCCGUCGGAAAGUCCGCUGCGAUAGGAAUCUCCCCUGCAGCACCUGCAUCCGAUCCAAACACGCCGUCUGCACAUACACCUCGCAAGCAAAGCCAACGACUAGAAACAGUCCCAAACAUGGGGCUGAAGUUAACGAGGGUUCUCUCCACACGGCUCUCCGCCUGCCGGACCUUGUCCUUCCCGCGCCCUCAUCCCUGCGGGCGAGGCCACCGGUGACUUCUUCUCCCGCCGUUGGUGCAGAUACCACUCUACCCACUCGGACACGGCUAGAAAACUUCAAAGACCCCGUCCACGGCUCGACCAAGGCCAGCGAAUCGGGUCUCGGGUUCCCGGAACCGAUCAUCCCUACUUCUCGGCCCCUGUCAGAGGCAUCUCCCACCACGCAUGACCCAAGAACACUCGACGGAAACCCUCUAUUCAACCCCACUGACCCCGGUGAACAUGGCGGACUCUCCGACUUUGGGAUCUGGCGGCCGCUAAACCCUUCGCGUCCCUCGGCUUCCGUGAGCGUGAGAGCGGAGACGGCAUCGACUCCUGGAAGUUGCCCCGGCUCCUCGUCGACGGUGAAUUCUCUGGUUGAUCGGGUGAAGCAACUUGAGCAGCAGUUGUCGGAUCUCACUGUGAAGUACGGUGCUAGGGAGGAAGAUAUACCUCAACCUACGCCUGGUCUCCGAGAAGGGUUGAGGUAUAGUCGUGGCUGCGUCAGCAAGACUCGUUACUUUGGGCAGAGUCAUUGGAUGAAUGCAGCUGAUAUGUUGUACCGUCUCGUCAACUUUGCAAGGAAGUUUGAAAACCGUCGAUCAUCUCAACUCUAUGUUGACCUAGAAAGAUGCAAAAAGCUAGGCCGCAUCAUCAAAGCCCGCCGGACACCCUCAUUCAGCACAAUCUCAACUGGCAAGAGCAUGCCCUCGCGAGACUUAGCAGAUGUUCUCAUCGGAAACUACCUGCGCACCUUUGAGUGCAUCCACCGCAUCGUCCACGUCCCGACCUUCAAAGCAGACUACGAAAAGUACUGGCUGAACCCCUCCGACGCGAGCGACUCCUUCAUCAUCACCAUACAGCUGUGCAUGGGCAUCGGCGCCACAAUGCAUGACGAACGCUUUACCCUCAGAAAUCUGGCCAUUCAGUGGUUCUGGGAAGCCAUGUUCUGGCUCAUUGCCCCCUGCGAAAAAUCCAAGAUGACUAUCCCAGGGCUGCAGAUCCGAUGCUUGAUGCACCAUCUUCGUCACACGGCCAAUAUCGGCUGUGAUCUCACCUGGAUCGGCGCUGGUGCUCUUCUCCGAACGGCUAUGUACAUGGGACUGCAUCGCGAUCCCAAAUCAAUCAUCAAAAUGUCUCCAUACCGCGCUGAAAUUCGUCGGAGGCUUUGGGUCACGAUCUUAGAGAUGACGCUGCAGACGAGCGUCGACUCUGGAGGCCCGCCUCUUAUUUCAUUAGACGACUUCGACACUGAAUUACCGGCAAACCUAGAUGACGAGCAACUCGUCGAAGAUGGCGAGUCCGCCUUCCCUGUGCCCAGGGAUCCGGGUACACAUACACAGAUGACGGUUCCCCUAGCAUUAUUCGGAACAUUCGCAGCUCGCCUCGCUGUGGCAAAGCGCGUCAACGAGUUCCGCUCAGAUACAGUCUACGAAGAGACCCUCCGACAUAGCAACGAACUGAGCAGAUCGCUCCAAAAGAUGAUGCAGCAGCUUAAGGCGUACCCGUCUGUCACCUCCUUUCAGCUGCGGUACGUUCAGACCCUGACGUACCGGCUCUUCUUUGCCCUGCACCACCCGAUUGCCCCGCUGGCGCUGCGGAACCCCGUUUACUACUUCUCUCGUAAGAUGGUCGUCGACACAGCGUUGCGACUGUGUGAGGUUGCCUUUCUGGCACCUGACAAGUCUGGCACUGGCGCCACGAUGAAGCCUGCGACCCCGUCGGAGGUGGAUUUCCAUCGAUUGACUAUUAAUGGUGCCGGGUUUUACCGAUCUGUUCCCUUCCAAGGCGUCAUGACACUGGGGUUGGAGCUCAUCAACAUCAAGGAGGAGGAAGUGAGGAAUGGGCACUCCAUAUUCUACAGCGGCUCUGAAGAUCAGCUGCGCGGUAUUCUUGACGCUGUGUACGACUGGUCGCGAAAUCGGAUUCGGUCGGGAGAGACGAACAUCAAGGGCCACGCGCUGAGUGUACUUCUCAUUGCUCAUAUUCAUGGCUUGGAGCAGGGUGUCAGUGAUGAAAAGAUUGAGAACUUCUUCGAAGAGGCGUGUAGGGAGCGUGUUAAGGAGUGCCAUGAUUUGCUCAAGGAGUUGGCUGGAGGCGAUGUAACUGAGGAAGGGGUCAGCAUGCCCGAUGUCCACGAUUUGGAUAUGGACUUUGAUGCCGGCGUCGACAUGCUCGGGGAUUGGGAUUGGGGCACAUCUUUGGACAAUAAUGGGUUCGGGUUCAGUUCCAUUAUGAACUUCAACGCUAUGCCUGAGAUGUUCUCAUGA